CUCUCUUCUUUCUCGGUUAUUCCUCCAAACCCGAGAUUCUUUUCAUCGUUAUUAAAAUGGAGACACAGUAUUGCCAACUGUUUCUGCUAGUAUUCUCACUAGGUAAUAGCCAGAACUGCCAUGCAGAGUUCUUCCUUUGACAUUUUGUUUAGCACGGAAGACUUUGCGGAGACUCUGACCUUGAAGACAUUAGGGAAGUACACGUUAAAGAGUAGAGGAUGGCGCUAAGUACAUUCGGGCUUCGGAUGGCCAUGAGACUCUCUCGUCCGGCUCCAAAGGAGAAGGAGAAGAGCGAGGUGCCAUACUCCAGGAAGCAAAUGAGUGAUACACACGGAUACCUCUUUCUACUCCUGGGCAUCUCCAUGGCUACAAACUUGAACACGAGUCUACUUACUGAAAAGGUCUUUAGGUGUCAGAACUUUGCCAACAAGUGCAUGGGCGCCUACAUCGUCUUCACCUUUACUGGAGCAUUUGCGUUGUUCUUUCUGAUAAACCUCAACUUUUCGGCCAUGGUAUUGAGUGUGUGGUUGUUAGUGGCGUCUCACUCGAUGCAUGUACUUGUGGGCAUGUUUGGUAAUGGUUUAAUGGCCCGUAACAUCUUCAUCCUGGGCUAUGGGUUUAACGGAGCGUUGGAGGCACUCAUUUGUUUCUCGGGUGCUGGCGUCAUCUCUAAACUAUUUCUCAAUUCAACCUACUCGAUGAUCUACACGGGGUUCCCUGCAGGUUCCAUUUUCUUGGGAACCACCCAGACCAUACUGAACCGUGUAGUCGGAACUGCCACAAUUUCGCAAAUGAGAAAGAACCUGGUCCUGUGCCACGGAUGUCAAGCUUUAAUAUCAACCAUAGCAGCUAUUUGGGCUACACUCUUGUACAUUAAAUAUGGGCAUUUUGUUAAGGAUAAUGAAGAGAACAAGACUGAAGAUGAAAAGAAGUCCGAGAGUGAAAACAAGAAGCCCGGCAUCAGCCAAAAGUUUGCCGAUGCUAUUGAAAGCUUUAAAUAUACGAGGUUCUACUAUUCGAGGCUCAUUUUGGUCACUUUCGCAUACUCCAUGAGGUAUUUCUUCUUCCCUUGUCUAUUGCCAUUUGUACUGGACAUUCCACACCAUAUCAAGCUCAUUUGUUCUCUUUCACUUACGCUUUCAGAGUUUAUAUCAAAGCUAAACAGUGUGAAUAUCAACGAGGUUAUAAAUCCAUCGGAAAGGAGUCCUUCUCAGUCUCAUGAUGUGUUUCUUUUAAUGAGGGACGCUUAUUUACACUUUAUUGCUAUUGCCUCCAUUACAUCUUCGGCGCUUGUCUUAUGGUCGUCUUUGACUGGCAGGCAUCGCUUUACACAGUCACCCAUAUUCAUCUUUUGUUUUAUCGUUCUCAUGGGAAUAUCAUACGGUUACUUGUCAACCAGGUCCAUUAACGGUUGUAAGCCAGUGCUAGACUACUAUACCAAACAGAGAGACAAUAAGGGUAACCCAAUGGUAAAAGAAGAGAUUGCCAAUGGCCCCGGAGUUUCUGGUGUCACCACUCUUACAAUCAAUAUGGCUCUAGUGUUCAUUUCAAUAUUUUCAAAUGUGACGGAAGGGUUUAUAGUAAGGUAUAAAGGUUCUAUAGCCUACAUUCUCAACAACAGCAAAGGAGAAUUGUCCAUGAAAGCUGUAGAUGCUCUAUUAAUGCAGCUUAAAUCAUAA